AUGGAUGUCGGGCCUCAAGUGAUCACUGUUGCCACUAAUGCAAGUCGACCUCGGCGGAGAGCAUAUCACACCAAGGCCAAGACGGGAUGUCGCACAUGCAAGAUACGCAGGGUUCGCUGCGACGAAGGAAAACCUGCUUGUAACCGCUGUGUCUCAACUGGCUGGACGUGCGAUGGCUACACUUCCCCGUCACCCUCUUCUUCAACAACCUCUUCAGAUUUAUCCAAAUCACCCUCCCCAACACCUUUGAACCCUAAAUCCCCCAGCCCUGUCGCCGAUCUAAAGCUUAUCCUACCCCGUCAAAACCCAGAGGAAGUACGCAGCUACAACUACUUCCUCCAAGUCACAGCCCCGUCCCUCUCUGGUGCUUUCUACGCCGACUUCUGGCUUGACGAGGUGCCUCGCGUCUGUCUAUCCGAUGCAGCCAUUUGGCACGCCGUUGUCAGCCUUGGCGCUGCUCAUGAAGACUUUGCAGAAAACGGGAUCGGGCCGCGGAGUAUCUUUGCACUCAAGCAGUUCAACUCGUCUAUCCGCUGUCUCACCGAGUCGCGGUCCCCGAGACAUGCAGACCGGUGGAGGGCGCUUGUUGUCAGCGCCAUAUUCACUUAUGUAUGUACUAUCAAAGGGCUUCAUGAUCAGACGCGGAUACAUCUCCAGGCCGGAUGCAACCUCCUCCGCGAGCUUCAGACCAAACCUCCAAAGCAGGAUCAACUACAGGAAACUACCGUGUUAUCAGUUCCGAUAUCAAUUGCACCGAUACAGUCCAUCCUGACCAAUCUUGAGAUGCUUACAACUGCACUUGAUAAUGGUGGAAUUACAAGUAAUCCGACUCUUCUCUUGCAUAACAAGGUGCUCAACGCAUGGAGAUCCUACACAGCGCCUCGCUCCUCGCCCCGUCUAUCUCCAGAAGAUGUUAAUCAAGCCUAUCGUGCUUCAGAGUCAUUAAUGGGCGGAUUAGUUCUGUUCUCCCAAGAGAAUGCCAAGCCUCUUCUGGAUCUCCAGACUGGCAAGUCGGGGGUGGAAGUGCUGUCAAUGUUGGCCGCGCGACAGGAGAUGCAUACACGAUGCUUCAACGAAAUCAAGAAAGCAAUCAGCAUGUUUGAGCAUGACAUCGUUAGAAGCUCGGGACGUGCGACCCAGCUGGAAACACACGCUAUUCUCCCGUUACGCCUCUUCCAUACCGCCAAUCGUCUCCUCUUUAUUCAAGAUCCGGAUGAGCCUGACUCGAACAAACGUCAACUUGCCCUGCCUAGCCUGUAUGCUACUGUAGUUGACCUCGCUGAGCAAAUCAUGAACCUUGAUCCCACCAAGACUCGCAGGGUAUCAUACACUCAGCAGCUCUUCUUGGUCGCUCACAGCGGCAUCGGACAGUCAACCCGUCAACGCGCUGUAGACCUGCUUCGGCGCCCACGGCUUGAGGGUGGCUGGGAUAGUCUUAUCUCCGCGAGUCUUGCCGAAGCAAUUAUGGAUAGAGAAAGGGAGGCGGCGUGGGAAUACAAGUUGGAGCAAGGUUUGGACACUGAGGCUGUAGAGACUGGAGGAGAUGAUAGCGGCCCAAUGUUUCGCAUAUUCAAUAUUACGUUUGCUUUCACGGGGGCGAGAGAGGCGCGUGUUGUCCUACGCACGUGGUGGGAGAAACUCAACGACGUUAAUGGUCGGGCGAUAGCGAUUCAAUGGUGA